AUGGAUUUCUCAGUCUGCCUGAACUCCUACCAGAGAGGACAUCUGCCCAGCAGUCUCUUCUUCCUCACUCACCUGCUCCUCCUCCUCCAGCCCAGGGCAAUGCGCUCAGAGGAGAUCAGGGUGGUAGGCCAUGAGGAACCCAUUCUGGCACACGUCGGGGAUGAAGUGGAAUUCUCCUGCCACCUGUCACCAUAUCACGACGCCGAGCACAUGGAGAUCCUCUGGUUCCGGAGCCAGGCCUCGAACGUGGUGCACUUGUACCGGGAGCAGCAGGAGCUCUAUGGCUGGCAGAUGAAGCAGUUCCAGAACAGGACCCAACUCAUCACGGAUGAUAUCGCAGACGGCAGCGUGACUCUGCGGCUCCGCCGCGUGGUCCCCGCCGACGAGGGUCUGUAUGGGUGCCGCUUCUUCUCCAGCGACUUCACUGGGGAAGCGACCUGGGAGCUGGAGGUAGCAGGACUGGGCUCAGACCCUCAUAUCUCCAUUGAGGGAUUCAAGGAGGGAGGCAUUGAGCUAAGGUGCCACUCCAGUGGUUGGUACCCCAAGCCACAGGCUCAGUGGAGAGACCAUCAAGGACGAUGCCUGCCCCCUGAGACUGAAAACAUCACUGAGGAUGUCCAAGGCCUGUUCAGUCUGGAAACAUCUGUGGUCGUCCAAGAGGGGGCCCACAGCAACGUGUCCUGCUCCAUCCAGAACCAUCUCCUAGGCCAAAAGAAAGAGUUUGUGAUCCACAUAGCAGAUGUGUUUUUACCCGGAACCUCUCCCUGGAAGAGAGCUUUCCUUGGGACUCUGGUGGGCCUGCUGCUCCUUCUGGCUUUCCUCAUGAUGCUGGUGUUGCACUUCUUUCAGAAGCAACAGAAGUCCCAAGAAAAGCUGAAGAAGCAGGUAGAGAAAGACAAAGGGAAACUCACAGUGGAGCUGGGGAAGCUUCAGGUAGAGCUGGACUGGAGAAGGGCUGAAGGCCAGGCUGAGUGGAGAGCAGCUCAACGACAUGCAGUGGAUGUGACCCUGGAUCCCGGCUCCGCCCACCCCAGCCUGGAGGUUUCCAAGGAUGGCAAAAGCGUGUCCUCACGCAGGACGGCGCCAGGCUCAGCGGUGGCCGACCCUCAGUGGUUCUCUGAGCAGACGUGCGUCCUGAGCCGGGAGCGCUUCUCCACUGGCCGCCACUACUGGGAGGUGCACGUGGGCCGCCGCAGCCGCUGGUUCCUCGGUGUGUGUCUGGCCGUGGUGCCGAGUGCAGGGCAUGCUCGCAUGAGCCCGGCGACUGGCUACUGGGUGAUGGGGCUGUGGAACAGCUGUGAGUACUUCGUCCUAGACCAGCACCGCCUCCCGCUCAGCCUGCGCGUUCCGCCCCGCUGCGUGGGCAUCUUUCUGGAUGUUGAGGCUGGAAAGCUGUCCUUCUUCAACGUGUCCGACGGCUCCCACAUUUUCACCUUCACUGACACCUUCUCGGGGAUGCUCUGCGCGUAUUUCAGGCCUAGAGCCCACGAUGGCAGCGAACACCCAGAUCCGCUCACCAUCUGCCCAUUACCAGUUGGUGAGAAAUGCGUUCUCGAAGAGGAGGACAGUGACGCCUGGUUUCAACCCUCUGAGUCCUCGAACCCUGCCCUGGGCCUGUGGUGA